CUAACUAAUCUUUAUUUACAUUGUGUGCCUUUAGACGAAGUAGGAUUGCAGAUGGUGCUGUGUAAUUCUACGAAUCUUGAGUGGUUGACAGUGAGGGAAUGCACCCUUCCGGUCAAAUUGUGCAUUUGCGAUCACAACUUCAGCUUGAGGUUGAAGUUCUGUGCAUUAAGGUGCUGUAAAGGUUUACGAGAUCUCGAGCUCUCAAUAUCACGACCUUUGAAAUCUCUGAUAUCGAGGAAAUACAAAUUUCAUUCCCAGUGUUCCCAAAUUGGAAAAAGUGUUUUUCAGUCUACCGUACGACAAUUCUAUGCCUUACAUAUUCAGUGAAGUUGCUAAAGUUAUUCCUCAGCUUAAAACUCUUUCAAUACUCACAUGUGUUGAUCGGGUGGCAAAUAUACCUGCAAGUCCAACUGCAUUUAGCAAUGUCAAGCGAUUGGAACUUUUUUUUGUUCAAGAUUGGCAAUAUGAUCUUGUGAAGAUUAUUGCUCCACUUCUGCGUGCCCUUCCCGUCCUGCAGAAACUAUAUGUAGUGAUGCCGUAUCCUGAAUUUUCUGAAAGAAGAGUGGAUGAGCUCCCUGGUUACCUGCACAGUGAACUAAAAGAAGUUGAAAUCUGUGGCUUUUGCGGAACCUGGAAUCAAAUUGAGUUUGCUACAUAUUUGCUCGAGAAUGCUGUUGCGCUCGAGCGGAUGGUAUUGAUGCGCAUCUCAACUUAUACUUUAAGAACUGAAUUUUGGACCGAUGUACAUACGCAUCAAGGUUUGUGGUCUAAAGAGAAGCGCGAGUUUAUUUGUGAUCAGUUGCUCGGUAAGAAUUUCUCCGGCAAAACUCAGGUGAUUAUUCGUUGAACAAAAGAAUGUGAAUGGGUCCAAGUAGUAAAGUGACCUGACUCAGUUCAUUGCCUGUUAACUAGAUUAUGGUGAACUAGAUUGUGUGGAAACAGUGGAAUGUUAUUUAUUCUGAAGCUUAAUGUUGAGUUUAUUAAGGUUGGUAUUGAUUAUUA